GCAAAGCAGCCCAGUCCCAUAUGGCCAUAUAGGCAAAGGCAGGUGCGGAAGAUUACCAAGCAAGAAAGAUUCCAUCGGGAAGGCAGCAGCAGAGGAGCGCGGCGGCGGCAAGCUACGAGAGGAGAGGGGAUGGCGAGAGGCGACAGCUGCUUGGUGCGCGUCGGCGCCGGAGUCGCAAUUGGCGGCGCGGUCGGAGGAGCCGUCGGUGCUGUCUAUGGGACUUACGAAGCUGUCAGACUUAGGGUCCCUGGGUUGCUGAAGAUCAGACACAUUGGACAAACUACAAUUGGCAGCGCUGCAAUAUUCGGGCUUUUCUUGGGAGCUGGGAGCUUGAUACACUGUGGAAAAAAUUAUUAGUUCACAUUCUAAGUUUUAGACACUAGAUCUGGUUUUUCGUGCUCAAGGGAUCUUCUGAGUAAAAAUCUAUUUGAUGUUUAAAGAACAGACGUCUACUGGUACUAUUUACUCAAGUCUAGAAUCUUUGGUGUGCUUGCCAUACUUCUGGCAUGGAAAUAAAAUAUAUGUUCAUCUGUAUGAAAAUGUAGGUGGUGAAAGCAGCACCGUGAAAAACUAGUUUUUUGUAAGCUUUACUCCUUUAAGUUGUAUCAAGACAACAUUUUUUUUGUGACAUCAAAUAGAAAGAGGGCCAGCUAAUGCUUUCUUGAUGA